GUAAGCUCUUGACCAAGACAGACUCUAUCACAGACAAUUCUCUUCUGGGACCAACGAAGUAUGCUCACCCUUAUUACAGAACGAUGUCGGAACACUGUCGGGUUAUCUCUUAUCAGAAACUCCAGUCGAACAUGAGUCGCACCAGGAUCGGCCAAUGAGGGGCAGCGCCCCGCAUGACUCCGACCACAUUAUAAUUUCGAGGACAACAAUGCGAUUGACACACUAACACACUCCACAUACCCAAUUGCUGCCACCAUGGCGGACGCUACCUAUUACAUUGACGAAGAUGUCGGUCAAGACAUCCCCGAGCAGACAGGUGACGAGAGGCUGCCCUACAAGACUCUUGGAUAUGCCAUCUACCAGAAGGGCGAGGCCGCCAACUUCAAGACAAGAAAGAGCGUGACCGGCGAGCUGGCUGAGGGCGCUGACCCCUCGUCGCGCAUGGAAUGGAAGGAUGCGGCGAAGUCGGCCCUGAAGAAGGCGGUCAACUACGCAAAGACACUAAAGAAGAAGGCCGAGAAGGAGGGUGAGCAGCUGGCACUGCGCGCGAAAGAGCAGGCAGCCCGCAACGAGGUGCUCGAGGGCGCCAAGAAGGUCGUCCUUGAGGAGGACAAGAGCCUGCCUGCGCCUAUCAAGAUCAAGCUCGACGACACAGACUCCAGCAAGAUCACACUGGGCGACGGCAAGGACGUCAAGGGCACACGCGUCAGGGUGUUCGGUCGUGUGCACCGUGAGCGCAAGCAAAGCAAGGUUCUGUUCAUCACAUUAAGAGAUGGAUACGGUUACAUGCAGGUCGUCCUCACCGGCAAGCUGGCCGAGACCUACGACGCCCUCACCUUGACCCGUGAGACCUCCAUGGAGAUCCUUGGUGAGCUGAGACAGGUUCCCGAGGGUGCGCACGCUCCCAACAACCGCGAGCUCCACGCCGACUUCUACAAGAUCCCGUCGAUCUGGAAGGCAGCUGGUGGUGACGACGCCAUCACCAACCGCGUCUCGAAGGACACCGAGCACGCGACACUGCUCGACCUCCGCCACCUCACACUCCGUGGCGAGACAGCCUCCAAGGUCAUGAUUGUCCGUGACGCCGUCGAAUACGCUUUCAACAAGGUCUACAAGGAGCUCCGUCUGCGCAAGGUCUCGCCCCCAGCGCUCGUACAAACCCAAGUCGAGGGUGGCUCGACGCUGUUCGAGUUCAACUACUACAAUGAGAAGGCCUACCUGACACAGUCAUCUCAACUCUACCUCGAGACCUGCCUUCCCUCCAUGGGCGACGUCUACUGUAUCGAGAAGUCCUUCCGCGCUGAAAAGUCCCUCACCCGCCGCCAUCUCGCAGAGUACACCCAUAUCGAAGCCGAGCUCGACUACAUCAACUUCGACGACCUGCUUACCCACCUGGAAGAGGUCAUGUGCCGUGUCCUCGAAGUCACCAUGUCCGACCCGGUCAUCAAGCAGCACAUCAUGGACCUCAACCCGGAGUUCAAGAUGCCUGAACGCCCGUUCAUGCGCAUGAAGUACCAGGACGCCAUCGACUGGCUCGUCAAGCACGAGAUCCCCAACGAGGACGGCGAGCCGCACAAGUUCGGUGACGAUAUCGCCGAGGCCGCUGAGCGCCGCAUGACAGACAUCAUCAACCGUCCCAUCUUCCUGACACAUUUCCCUGCUCACAUCAAGGCAUUCUACAUGCUGAAGGACAGCGAGGAUCCGAGAGUAACAGAGUCUGUGGACUGCCUGAUGCCCGGUGUCGGCGAGAUCGUCGGAGGCAGUAUGAGGAUGGACGACAAUGACGAGCUGAUGGCUGCGUUCGCGAGAGAGGGAAUUGAUGCGUCGACGUACUACUGGUACACUGACCAGCGCAAGUACGGAUCCUCCCCCCACGGCGGCUACGGCCUGGGUCUCGAGCGCUUCCUGGCGUGGUUGUGCAAGCAGCACACCGUUCGGGAUUGCUGCCUGUACCCACGCUACUUCGGGCGCUGCAAGCCUUGAGCUUCUGCCUUCUCUCACCCAAGUCCUUCCUAGCAUCUUCUUCGGCCUGGGUAAAGUCUUGGUAGUGCUUCUCUGUUUGUGCAACAACAGUUCAAGCGCGACUCAAAAGCGGCCACAGACUUUGAUCAUGCACGGCGUCUUAUGGCGUGCCGUCGCACCAGGUACAACAAUCAAUCAGUUAC